AUGCACGACGGUAGACUCCAGCGGCGAUAUUCUGCCUCGCCCUCGCCCACGCUCAUACCAACUGCCUGCAAGGCCCGCGGCGUUACGCGAGGCGGUGCCACGAUUCCGCGCAUGUGGGCAGCGAAGGUGUGGGAGGCAAGCCCGGGCAACCUGGAUGUCACCCUCCAUGCCAGAUCCGGGGACUCGGUUGGCGGCAGACGCCUAAGCGCUGCCGCCGAACCGCGCUCUAACCCACGGCCAGUUGGUUGGGACUCGAGCACCGGCGGUAUCUUGCCAUGA